AUGGCGAAUCAUGGCUUUAUAAGCCGCACCGGCAUCACGACCUUCGCUGAGGCUGCGAACGCUUGCCAGAUCACCCUCGGAUUCGGCUACGACACUUGCACUUUCUUAUCAGCCCUCGGCUUGCUCGCUGGAGGUGGCUUGCCUUCGGGCAAAUAUUCCAUUGGAGGCGCUCAUGCUCGCGUCCCUAACACGCUCGGCCCAUCUCUUGGUAUCAGUAAGCACGGUUUCUUCGAGGUCGACAACUCCAUCUCUCGUCAGGAUGCCUAUUUCGGUGACCAGGCAAACUUCCAGCUUGCUCGCUGGCAGAGGCUGGUCAAUAUUACCGAGAACUACGGUGGCCAGUUUGGGAUCGACACUUUUGCUGAGGAGCGCGUGCUCUUGUACGAUGAGGCCAAGGCCACCAACCCACGGUUUGAUGCCGGCACUAGGUGGCUUGCUGUCACUACUGCUGAGCGUGUCUUUAUCCCUCGUGCUCUGCCAAACGGCACCGACCUGAACAACGCCAACUUUCAGAACGUGGCACCCUUCUACCUCAACGAGACCUUCUCACGUGAAUGGUUCCGUCGCCCAACGCCAUACUCGCUUGCCAACACUGGGACGGAUAUCGCUGCUCUUCUCGCCGCCAGCUCCGAGCUCACCACACCCGGCGCAAACGAGGGACUCGGCAACUUCGUCCCGCUUGGCACAGAUAUUAGCGACAUUACCCCUGCACAGGCGACCUGCUUCCUCGCCAGUGCAGUUUUCGACAACACCCCAGGUUUCUUGAGCCCAGCACUUGUCGACAACUACGCCACCGUCCAGGCCUUCCUCAGUGGCGCUGUGGCACCUUUGUUCGCCGGUUAUCGCUGCGACCUCAACUUUGCCAAGCCCGGACCCGAUGCUGGUGAUAGCACUGCUGGUGUGAAUGAGACGUGCAACACCUUGAGGAAUGGUGUCUAUCAAUGCUAG